AUGCCACCUAAAGCCGAUUGGGAAAAAUACGAAAAGAACGUCGAGGAUAAGGAGGAAGAGAAGAUUGUUGCUUUGGACGAAGGAGAUAUUAAAUUACUGACCACCUAUGGUCAAGGUCCAUAUACCAAAGAGUUGAAAUCUUUAGAGCAAGACUUGAAGGAUAUUCAGAAGCGUGUCAAUGAACAUAUUGGCGUCAAGGAAUCUGAUACAGGUCUUGCUGCACCCAAUUUGUGGGAUAUUCCUGCUGAUAAACAAAGAAUGUCAGAAGAGCAGCCUUUGCAAGUUGCCCGUUGUACAAAGAUCAUUCAAGGAGAGAACAACGAAGAUCCAAAAUAUGUCAUCAAUGUCAAGCAAAUUGCAAAGUUUGUUGUCGAAUUAGUUAGACAUGUUUCUCCUACAGAUAUUGAAGAAGGCAUGCGUGUGGGUGUCGAUCGUACAAAGUAUCAAAUUCAAAUCCCCUUACCACCCAAGAUUGAUCCUUCGGUUACCAUGAUGCAAGUAGAGGAGAAGCCUGAUGUCACUUACAGCGAUAUUGGUGGUUGUAAAGAGCAGAUCGAACGUCUUUGUGAAGUUGUUGAAUUACCACUUCUUCAACCAGAGAGAUUCGUUAAUCUUGGUAUUGAUCCUCCCAAGGGUGUCUUAUUAUAUGGUCCUCCUGGUACUGGUAAGACUCUUUGUGCUCGUGCAGUAGCCAACAGAACCGACGCUACUUUUAUCCGUGUCAUUGGUUCUGAACUCGUUCAAAAGUACGUUGGUGAAGGUGCUCGUAUGGUCCGUGAAUUGUUUGAAAUGGCUCGUACAAAGAAGGCUUGUAUUAUCUUUUUUGAUGAAGUAGAUGCCAUUGGUGGCGCCAGAUUCGACGAUGGUGCUGGUGGAGAUAACGAAGUACAACGUACCAUGUUGGAACUGAUCAAUCAAUUGGACGGUUUUGACCCCAGAGGUAAUAUCAAGGUGCUGAUGGCUACAAACAGACCCGAUACUUUGGAUCCUGCUCUUUUGAGACCUGGUCGUUUGGAUCGUCGUGUCGAAUUUGGCUUGCCUGAUUUAGAGGGUCGUGCUCAUAUCAUGAGAAUCCAUGCAAAGAGUAUGAGCGUAGAGCGUGAUAUUCGUUAUGAGUUGAUUGCUAGAUUGUGUCCCAAUGCAACUGGUGCUGAAUUGAGAAGUGUGUGUACUGAAGCUGGUAUGUUUGCUAUUCGUGCUAGAAGAAAGGUUGCUACCGAGAAAGAUUUCUUGGAAUCUGUCAAUAAGGUUAUCAAGGGCUACCAAAAGUUCUCCAGUACUCCCAAGUAUCUCAUGUGGAAUUAA